AUGACACAAUUGAAAAAGCCACAUCCCGGGGGCCCCAUCAUCCUCUUUGUCGCUGAGCUGUGGGUGGAGGUGGAGGUCUGCUCAGACCCUCGUGCCCAGGCUAGGCCCAAAGCGCAGCCAGCAGCCAUGCAGGCCGCAGGUGGAGACCCCGGGGGCGCAGGUGCAGAGGACCCCGCCGGCCUGGAGCCCCAGGGCAGCCCCGAGGAGCAGGGUGGGCACACCACGUCCGGUGGCGGCAGCGGUGGGGCAGUGAGACCACUGUUCAAGUUCUCCCUGACCGUGCCUUUCCACUCGCCCCUGGAGGUGGAGAUGGCCUGCAGGGCCCUGACCCCCAUCGUGCAGAACCACCGGGGAGUCAUCAAGAGCUCGUACUCUCUGAAGGGCAGCACCCUGGCUCUUAGGUGGACUGCUGAAAACCCAGUGCUCUUGCAGGCUUCCAUCAACCACCUCUUCCGCUACCUUUACGUGGUGAUUCGGAACAUCGUGACCAUGAGGCCCCACUUCCCACAGAACCGCCAUAGGCCUGAGGCCUAA